AUGUUUCAACCAAACGAAAGUUCUAUCAUUAGCAAAGUGGGGCUGAACCAGUCUGAACUUGCAGCGUUUCCUGAGCUGAAAGAGACGUUGAAGUUCUUAACCUUUUUUUUGACUAAAAAUCUUCUGGGAAAGAAGAAUACCACGUUGCUUUUGGGUCCAUUAGGCUUUAGGCCAUUUACAAAUUACGAUGCAGAAACCCGCUUACGCGUCAAAUUAUAUCAUGCGGCAAGAAACCGUAAACUAGCCCGGGAAGCAAGAAGUCUUCCUUCACUGGAUGAAAUCGAAGAUUUUAAAAGUCUCUUGCUGGCUAAUGCAACUCCGCCCAAAUUUGACAAUCUCGACAUGAUCUUUUACGAUGGUUACAAGACUGCUGUGAAGUCUGCGUCAACUGCGGUGCAGAGUUUCUUACCUGUCAAGUUCUUCUUCGAAUUACAGCUAUUCUGUGAUUGGGAUCGUUACGGCCGUGUUCCUGUGAACUGUAUUAUCAGCUAUAUUCUUAAAAAGAGGGAGAAAACGAAAUUUUUAAUUGCGUUGCAUUGGUAUGACUCCUCCUAUCAGGGAUAUCUAACUGAGGAGGAUUUGAAAGAAUAUUUGGUUGAGCAGAUGAUGCCAAGGAUACCGUCCCUAGCAGAAAUAGUGGACUCGCAAAUGCAAGAUUACUACCUCUGUAUCGCGACCAAGAAGUUUUUCUUUAUGCUGGAUCAAAAAAACCUAAAGAAAUUGCGCGUAAUUGAUAUUGCUGCUAGUGGAUUACUGGAAGAAAUUCUGGCUGUUUCAAGUGUUGAUAGGGCGGAAUCUGCAGAAACUAGUUCCGAUGAAUCCUCUUUACUUUGGUUUUCUAGAGAAAACUGUGAAAAUAUUCAGAGAAUGUAUAUGGAUCUCGAUACGGACGGGAAUGGGUUACUGCGGUAUGAAGAGCUCAAGGGUUUUCGACAGAUGACUGAUUUUUUUGUAAAACGGCUUUUUGAGAUGGUACAAACUUACGACCACGACCAAAUUGAUUUAAGAGGGUUUUGUGAUUUGCUUCUUGCCAUGGAUAACAAAUCGGAUAUAGCGGCUCUGACUUUUUAUUUCCGGUUACUGGACGUUGAUGCUGAUGGUUAUUUAAACGCUUCAGAUUUGUUAUUUUUUUACCGAGAUCUCGCUGAACUUUACAACAGAACUUAUCCGGCUGGUGAAGCGGCUCCUCCGUUUGAAGAUGUUAAGGAUGAAAUUUUUGACAUGUGUAGACCGAAGGACCCAACUCGAAUAUCCUUCCAAGAAUUGGUGAAGUCUGGAAAAGGAGGAACUAUAGUGGGG